GCUCAGCCGAAACCACUGACAGCAACAUGAAGGCGUGUUUACUCAUUUAUUCCAGCAGUAAAACAUCUUUCCCGGCGUCCAUUUAUGACCUUCAACGACUUAACAAUUAACCUAAAGACGACACAAUGGAUUUAACGUUACUGUUUUGUAUUUUAAUGUUGUAAUGUUUUCACCGACCCAGCGACCGCGGACAUAAACUUUGCAAUGCACCGAACAGUUGCACAGCGUUAGCUAACGUCACUAGCUGAACUAAGUAGCUGAACCGAGCGGCGGUAAACCGGUGAACAUCAGUGAUACUCAUGGAGGAGGGUGGAGGAGCCCGCCACCAGGUUCCCACCGUCUGCUCUAACGUUGAUGCUCCGGCCACACCGAACACAGAGCUGAAGAAACUGCUGGACUUUAAAGUUUACAAGAGGAGAUGGUUUAUACUGCUGGUGCUGUGUCUGUUGAACUGCUCCAACGCCAUGAUAUGGCUGACCUUUGCACCAGUAGCGGACAAGUCUGCCAAGUUUCUGAAGGUAUCUCUGUCGGAAGUAAACUGGUUGUCACUGGUCUUCAUGGUGGUGGCCAUACCGUUCAGCUUUGUGACCACGUGGAUGGUGGACACCAUCGGCCUACGGACCUCGCUGAUUCUGGGAUCCUGGCUGAACAUGUUUGGAGCCCUGGUGCGCUUCGGUGGGUCGAUGCUUAGCCAGGAAUCUGCAGUGUACCCUGUAGUGAUGCUGGGCCAGACCCUUGGUGCCCUGGCUCAGCCACUCAUCUUUUUCACCCCCACCAAGCUGGCAGCUCUCUGGUUUCCUGACCACCAGCGCGCCACAGCUAACAUGAUCGCCUCAAUGUCCAAUCCUCUGGGACUCCUCCUCGAUAACCUGAUCUCUCCCCUGGUGGCUAAAACACCUGCACAAAUCCCAGUCCUGCUGCUUGUCUAUGCGGCCCCAACGUGCAUCAUCUGUUUCCUAGCAACAGUGGGAAUACGGAGCAGUUCCCCCCCCACGCCGCCGUCGGCGAGUGCUGAGACCUCUGAGCCGUUCUUACAGGGGCUCAAACUGUUACUGAAGAAUAAAGCCUACCUCGUCCUAAUGAUGUGCUUCGGUUUGGGCAUUGCUGUUCUCACCUGCUUCUCCUCACUGCUGCAGCAGAUCCUGUGUGUGCAAGGAUACGACAAUAGCUUCGCUGGGCUCUGUGGCGCUCUCUUCAUCGUGUUCGGCAUCAUUGGCGCAGCGGCUCUGGGUCUCUACGUCGACAAGACCAAGAAGUUCAUGGAAGCCAUCAAGAUCAACAUGACCUUCGCCACUCUCGCAUGCAUCGCCUUCUCAUUGGUGGCUCUGAUACGGGACCAGAAAGUCGCCGUGGUCAUCAUCUGCUCUGUUUUUGGCUUUUUCGGUUUCUCCAUUUACCCCGUGGCCCUGGAGCUAGCUGUGGAGUGCUCGUAUCCCGUUGGAGAAGCUACAGUAGCCGGACUCAUCUUCAUAAUGGGACAGGUCCAGUCCGUUCUCCUCAUGAUAGUCUUUCAGGCUUUAACCAAACGGAUCGCAGACUCUCCUCUGUCGACCUGCGGGAGUGCAGUCCUGAGCUGGAAGGUGCCCAUGAUGCUGAUGGCGGGACUAACCACUUUGUUCACGUGCUGCUUCAUAAUCUUCUUCCACACACGAUACAGACGACUGGAGGCCGAGCAACAGGCGACUUACGGGACCAAACAAAGCAACGGCACGACGACCACUGAGAAAGCUCCGAGUGUGGAGGAGUGAGCUGAGAGGCUCGUGAUGAGAGAGAGACAGAGGGAAUUAUGGGUACAAGCACACAGUUUGCUUUAGUGACCUCAAAUGUUGGUUUGUUUUAAUGAAGACCAUAUAUAGCUGUAACUGUGUGUGAAAUAAUUAAUAAUUUUACACAAAAAAGUAGUUUGUUGGGAGAAAUCUGGUUAUUUUGUAAAUAGUUUUUUUUUGCCACUCGUACAAAUAGUCCCAGUUUGCUGGGCAGUAGUCCUCUGAACAUUCACUGAUCAUGUGUAUUGAAAUGAUGGUUAGAUUCUCUCUGGUCUUGAGACAGUUCAUUUUUCCCUUCGCUUACCUUGGAUUGAAGUAAUGGGAGAGAAAAUGAAGAGAGCCCAGACACAGAAGCUGUUUCAUCAUGUGACAGAGGAGUUGGUGUAACCACAUUCCUUCAAGACACCAAAUCCACUUGUGUUCCAGUGUUUUGUAGCAGUCCCCAGGGUUUCCCUCAGCAGUCACCAAAGCAAAAGCAUCAACUGUUGUACGACUCAAAACACAGCAGGCCUCUGAGCUGCGUCACAUUCUUGUCUAUUUCUUGCCACUGUGCAGAACUGUGGAUCCUUUCCUCUCAGGGACCAAGAACAAACAUGAUGUUUACUGUUGAUGCUUCAGAUCACUGAAACAGUUGCUGCCAUCAGACUCUGCUGGUGCUGUCUGAAAACACUCUGUGUAUUCUGCCCUACAAAGGCAGAGGAGGUGAAGAAAGGCUGGCUGGGUGAACUAUGGAACAGUCGGACAGGAUGUAAUGCCUUCAUUUAAUGCUUUCAAACUGAUUACUCUGGAACAAAACAUUAACAUAGACCACAGGUAAGACCUAAAAACUGUCAAAAGCAAAGGUGGCAGCUAAGGUAGGCUAGUUACCUUUAAGCAGGUCUAAGUGUUGAUGUUCAGUAAAACUGACAGAUAUUGAAUACAGGUAAGGGGGAAAAAGGUAAAUUUAGCUUUAUCAGCUAGCUGUGUCGACCUCACAAGCUUACUAACUGGACUUGACUCUCUUGCUUUGACUGUUUGGAUACAAUAUGUUCUCUGUGGAAUGAUCUGUGGCCUUAAACUAUUAUGUUAAAAAAAAGUCAGAUCUGGUGUUGAGUAUUUUGAUUACAUUUGUACUUUCUGCAUUUUGGAUUUGUAGGGCAGUUUUGUCACACCUCGUCAGGAUUCCCACUCUUUUUGAGAAAUCAUUAUCCAGGAGAUUUCUUGACAAUUCAGGGCAGCACUUGCUAACAGGGGCUCAUAUAGUUUAGCAGUAAGCCUAGUGUUGGCACAUUUAACUCCGGUUGUAUUCCUCCUUUUUCUAUUAAUAAAUGAGACACUGCAUUCAUUUUCAGAUUUUUCCGCUGCAUUCUCUCCAGGGAAUUGACUGUUAACUACAGUUUUCCUCCCACCAUAACAUUAGUUUGGCCACAGCCCAUGAGUUGAAAUUAAGUUGAUUUUAUUUUUCCUUUGAAGAAGUAGAAAGUCUCGGUUGCACAUACAGUUUACAUUGCUGUACAGGUAUUUAUCGAGCACAAGAUUUUUUUACACUGGGAUUUUGUGAGAAUUCUGUUCAAGACAGGAAAAAACUAAAUAUGUGGACGAUCCGAGUGAAUAAAAUAAAAUGGAUUUAUUUAAUAUUUUUCCAGGACGUGGGAAUCGUGCUCAUCCUGUUGAACUAAAACCACUAUAAAACAGACUGUUCACUAACCUACUCUGAAUAAACUGUAUUAACCUUACGUGUUAAUAUGUGGUCUUUGAAAACUACAUUGUCGAUUUCAGACCAAAUACCUGUAAUUGAAACUAAACAGUUUCCUGUUUGUCAACAACUGUGAGUAAUAACUGUUGUACCACUGAUAUGGGAAAAAUACCCCUAAUAACAGCAUUUAAUGACGUAAUUAAUUAGUGCAAUUAGGGGAACACUGAGGUGUUUUGCAUAUUAAAGCCACCAAAUCAGUUCAUUUGUUUUCACAAGUCUAAUCAAAUGUGACUUCUUCCACUCGUCAGGACCAAUAAUAGUUUUAUUUUUCAAAAGUGGUAAAAGGAGGAGAAAAUGGCAGCGCUUGAAUGAUGUAAAUACGGACAAUGGCGGACGUGUCUGACCUCACCUCCAGUGCUCUGAUCAUGUGACACACAUCUGGAACAGGAGGUGUCCAUUUUAAGUUCUUCCUCAGUUGAGUGUGAUAAUGAUUUUUUAUUUUGUAAAGUUUUCUGUUUUAAUGCCUUAACGUCAAUAAAAUGUUACCUCAAGUAUUCA